AUUUAAGCCUUGUUUGUUUAAAGAAGCAAAAUGUGAGCUUUCACGCAGCUAGAGCCAUUUCAUUCGUAAGCAAACUCCAAAUAAAAAAUCAACUUUUGCUGUUCAGGGGCACACAGGAAGUUUCAACGUUUGUAUGGGAGGUGGAGGCAAAAAUAAAGUCAUCCUACCAAUAUCGAUAACGGAGCAGAAUUUCCGACAUCUUCUAACGAUUCUGGUGCUUUACAGGGGCUGUAGUCCUCCCCCAGCUGCUGUUUACGUGGCCAUGUAAGGUAAUUGGGGUAAAUGUGGUUGUCGUGGCCCUGAGGAAUUUUUAGUACGUGGUUUAAUGGUUUAACUUCGGUUUAACGUCGACAAAAUGAAUAAAGAAACAUUUCUUAAAAAAAAACAGAGAAAGCAACUAUGAUCUGUAUAGCCAACGUCCAUGAAAGCUAACUUUUCUCAGUUUUUAAAAGAAACAACUACAGAAACUAUUUUGAUAGUCUAUUUAUUUUAUCAAAGACAGUUUUUUUCAAACACCUUUUUCUGGAAUAACUGAAUUUGGGAUUUUUAACAAUUAUUAUGAUAUAACUUCUCUUCUGCGUUCUUUGCUAUGCAAAAACAUUGUUUCUGUGUUGACAUUCCCUGUCCCUGUUUGUAAAGAUUAUAAGCAUUAAAGGUCCUCCCCGUUUGUAUUGAACCCUCCAUCUAUUUUUUAUCCCCCUAUUGAUAAGCGGGGGUCUGUUUACGGUAUGAUCCUUGACAUCACUGGAUGUGCUGAUAUAAUAUAAAGAACUUCAAAGGUAGCUUCCGAUUACCGAUCGCAAAAUCCAGAACUGACUACGUCAUUUCACUCUAACUUGGGCCUAUUCCCCCUGUUGCUUGAACGACGACGUCCAGAUUAAGGUUAACUAUCUUGUAACGAGUAGUUUGUGCAGACAAGCAUACAAACGACGGCAAUUAUAGGAGAAAAAGAUUUCGCUUGUUUAGUCAAAGAGGACAAUUUGCAAAAACCGUAGAAUCAAAAAUCCAAGUAGGAGAGCAUGGAGAAAGCUGGAAGUGAUUUUGAGAGCCUGAGAGCUAAGGAGAUGCGCGACAAGCUUGAAGAACUGAAGACAAAGUAUGGAUUUCGAGAGCCGGAUAGAGGAGAUCUCGACAAUGACGAAAUAGAGUGGAGAAGCGGGAAGCCGGACUACACGUUGGCGAACUACGCAUUUUUGACGGGAAAGACACAAAACCAUGCCAAAGGAUCAAUAGAAGAGUUGGUGGGGAACCUGGUAAAGACUUGGGAAUGCCAAGCAUCUCAUUUCAAAAAUUUUUACUAUGUAUUAAAUGAUAUACAACAACAAAAAGUUCGCUCAUCUUUUGGCCGUAGGAGAAAUGGGGAUGGAGAAUUAGAUUUUGAAGAAUCUCACAAACUUUUUCUGAAUGCGUUUCCGAAAGGCUUUCCAUGGGAGCUGCUGAAGGUUUUAUCAAAACCUCCAUAUGUCCUUCUCACAUGGCGCCAUUGGGGUGAAUUUGCUGGCGAGUUCCGGAGGAACAAAGGAAAAUGAGAGACAGUUGAGAUGUUUGGUGUGCUAAGGGUCACUGUAAAUGAGAAUUUGAAAAUUCAGCACAUUGAAGUUUUCUUUGACCCAGAGACGUUUAUUCUGGUCAUGGAGGGAAAAAUCAGCCCCGAUGAACUGAAGAAUGGUUGUACAAUUUUGGGAGAUGUCACCAAAACUGCUGUCGAAAAGCUUAGUGCUUGAACUCUCAAGAACCUUUAUACCACUAGCAUGCUUCGUUGUAGAGUGCAUUUUUGUGAACCGUGAACCCUAAUAGGCAACUAACCUGCUACAUGCUCGAUAACUUGAUAUUGAAUGACCAAGCGCUUUAGCACGUUAAGCAUCUAAGAAUAAUAAUACACAAAUGUUUAAACAGGAUAGCCUAUCAGUAUAUUCAAUACUAUUGUUACUAGGGUCCUGCUGGCUUAAAAGUUACAGAGAAGUUAUUUAUGUAAAGUGAGAAAAGUUAGAAUUAAAAAUGCAAGCGAAACCUCGAUAUUUACAAAAUUAAGAUGUUGUUAAAAUGGCUAUCUAAAAAAUUUCUAAAAAGAAUGUGGGAUUCAAUUCUUUUUGCCCGUAGAGGCAGGCUGUUGAACUCUUGCAGCCAAGAAAUAAAGUCCCUUUCGACCGAAUUCUGUUUUCAUUAGUGGCGAAUUUGCUGAUAGUUUUUCAUUUCUUUUAUACUUCCAAUGUGUUUUUCUAGUGAUGUAAUCCUUGAAUCAUGUAUCGUUAUAUCAGGUAAAUUUUAUAGUAAGCCAAAGAGGGUAGAAUUGUUUCGUACGAUGGGUUCUCAGUGAUAACCACGUGAGUAAAGCGCGUGAUAUCGAAUUCGAUCUUCGUUUCGUGACAUGGGUUGGACCCUUAGUAAAACCGCAAAAUAUUUACUUUCUUCGUCUGGACUAUUGGAGUAUUUUUACGAGAGCCUUUCCUAGUGGCUCUGCCAAGGGGAUGCGGUGUAAUGAUCUUCUCUUGUGUGUCAAAUUUGGUCCAUGCAAACCCUUGAAAACCUCUAUAGAAUUCCUUGGUUUUAGGUUGCAUGCUUAAAAGUAACAUUAUUUCUUUAGAUACUACUUAAGUUUGUCAACAAUGUAUUCGGUGAUUAAGUUCCAGUAAUUCAAGGAAGUUUUGAAUGAUUGACAAUCAUGCACUGGUCUUAAAAUUGCUUGCUUGCAUAACUGACGUCCAUAUUACAAAACAUAGCAAUGAUAAUAAUAAUAUAAUAAUUUUACUGUUAGUUUGACAAUAGUGUGAACACUAAUAAACACUAACAUGCAGCAAUUUAAGAGAUUGCAUUAUGGAAGUCAUUGACUGCAAGCGUUACAGGCGCAUUAAUUUUCGAAAUACCAAUCUUUUAUAAGAACUUUGAGUUGAAAGAGAAUUCCAAAUCUUUGGACCCAAAAAGCUAAUAGAUUUUAUACCAUAACUUGUCGUUUUAACCUUUGGAACAGACAGACACAGAGUAUCCAUUUUUCGAAAUUAUAGCUAUUGGGUUUUGGGAGAAAGUAGUCUUUCAUAAAGGCUAGAUUCAAGUUGUGUAAAUUUCUAGUGCUAGCAGCCGAAUGGAGUGAAUAUGAUUUGUAGUAGAUUUAGCCUUGACUAGAAGUUUAGAAUACGAUGAAGUGUAGUCUGGGAGGGCUAAUCGUAGGGCCAUGUACGAAGAGUGCUGUUAUCGUAUGAUGCUGUGGUCGAUUUACCAUCAGUCGCAGCGCCAGCUUCAGCAAAAUGAGCCUUCUGUAGUUAGGGUCAGCAAAGUUGCAAAGUCAAUGUAGAGCCUUCUGUAGUUAGGGUCUGAGAUUGUUGUAUACAGCGUACACUCGUAACAAAUUUCUGAAAAUUUUUCAGCACCCCCUCUACCAACUGCCCCUCCUUCAAAUUUGCGCUGGAUUCGCCCCUGUCCAUAGCACCCCCUAGGGCCACCAAUAUUUUGUUUUACAUUAUGAUAAAUGAUAGUCACUUAAAAGCGACGAGAAGGCCAAGAUUCAAGACUCAUUCACCUUUUACCGCUCUGGGUUUUGGGAAAUUAAAAAAUUCUGUGAACGUAUAGUGGAGCUUUAAUUUUAAGAGGGCAGGUGACUUGGAGUUUGCCGUGCAUUUUCCUGUUGCAAAUGCUGAAAGUUUCGGCUUAUUUUUCCAAAGCUUGUUCGCGUACACAGUUUUAUCUUAGAUGUCUAUAAACACGGUGUUUAUUUGUUAUUUUAGAAAUUCUAACUAAAACCUGAAUGAAGUUAAUGAUGAAAGCGAUGGCGACGAUGAAUUUAGGGACAACGUGGACGAAUAGUGGAACCAUGACCAUUGACAGCAACCAAACAGAACUUGAGUAAUCGAGUAUAGUACGUUCAAAAUCUCAUUAAAUUUUCCUAUCCACUGAAAUUCAUGUAUGAUUGCGUUUGUCGAUAGUUGAAGUAGCGUAGCGUCAAGCUGUUCUUUUCUCCCUUUUGAAAUUUGAAGUCACUGGUUCGCAUUACUCAAAUUGUUUGGCCCACGAUUGUUUGCGGUUUGGCACGAUUAACGUCUAUAUAACAUGAUUUGUUGUUUGCUCCAUGGCCUCCGGGGAAGGGCUCCCCCUUUUUUUGCAAAACAUUAGAGCUUUUUAAAAACAUUUUGUUAUGGGUGUUACAUUUUCCCUUGGCUCCCACUUUCCAACCUGUGUCGGAGCCCACGUG